CGAAUUGUUUGAGCAAAGAAAGAAGGCGGCCUAAUUAAUUCUUGCGCUACCAUUGUUGUUGUAAUUCUAUGACCUCAAAAAAAUUUAAUAAGCGAUUCUCCAAUUAAUGGCUGUCAACUCUGUUAUCCCAACAGAAUUGCGUCAAUUGAGAGCGUGUUUGUUGUGCGGUUUAGUAAAGACCCUUAAUCAGUUCCAAUUAAAUGGGUGUGAGAAUUGUGAAGAUUUUUUGAAGAUGCAGGGAGACAGAGAGAAAGUUUAUGAAUGUUCCUCUGCUAACUUUGAUGGUUUGCUUGCCAUGAUGUCACCAAACGACAGUUGGGUUGCAAGGUGGCAAAUGAUUGAUAAGCUUACACCUGGAGUUUAUGCAAUCAGUGUAUAUGGAUCGCUUCCCAGUGAUGUAGUACAUUACUUAAGAAGCAAAGGAAUUUCUUACCGAUCUCUUGACAAAAGUGGAAAAUAAUUAUGCGAUUUCGGCAGCUUGUAAAUUAAAUAAAACUAAAAAUUAUCC